CCACCCUUUUCCCACAACUCUACUACUACAAAGCAAACCUCUUCUUUCCUCUCAACAUCACCAAAAAAUCUCUUCUCCUCUCCUCCCCAUGAGCUCCCACAAACUCAUAAUCCUACCAUCUCUUCUUCUGCUCCUCCUCCUCCUUCCCCAUGUUUCCGCCGACUGCGGCGGCCAUGGUGACGACCAAGCGCAGCGCCGCAACCACACCGAAGCGCUCAGGUACAAGCUGGCGUCAAUAGGCUCGGUUCUGUGCGCGGGCGCGGUCGGCGUGAGCCUCCCGAUCCUCGGGCGGAGAUUCGAGGUGCUGAGGCCGGAAAACGACGUGUUCUUCAUGAUCAAGGCUUUCGCGGCAGGGGUGAUACUGGCGACCGGAUUCGUGCACAUCCUCCCCGACGCAUUUCGCAGCCUGUCGUCGCCCUGCCUCGGGGAGGAUCCGUGGGGGAAGUUCCCGUUCGCCGGAUUCGUGGCGAUGAUGGCGGCGAUCGGGACGCUGGUGGUGGACACGGUGGCCACCAGCUUCUACAAGAGCACGCACUUAGACAAAUCGAAGCUCGUCGACGAGGAGGCUUCCGGCGACGGCCACGAUGGCCACGUGCACGUGCACACUCAUUCCACGCACGGCCUCGUGAAUGGCGCGGCCUCCGCGGCUCCGUUGCUUGACAUGAGCGUGUCGGAUCUAGUCCGACAGCGCAUAAUAUCACAGGUUUUGGAGGUAGGGAUUGUGGUUCACUCAGUGAUAAUCGGAUUGUCGCUGGGAGCAUCGGAGAGCGUUGAGACGAUCAAGCCGUUGCUGGCGGCGCUUUCGUUCCACCAGUUCUUUGAAGGGAUGGGGCUUGGUGGCUGCAUUUCCCAGGCGAAAUUCAAGUAGGUGACGACGACGAUUAUGAUGAUGUUCUUCUCGGUGACAACGCCAAUAGGGAUCGCAGCCGGGAUCGGAAUAUCAAGCGUAUACGAAGAGAACAGCCCCAAGGCUCUAAUAGUUGAAGGGAUUUUGAAUUUUGCAUCAGCUGGGAUACUUAGUUUACUGUAGAAUUGUAUAAUUGUGUGUGUUUUAUUAACAAUGAAGUAAAUACAUCAUAUAUAGACCUAGGGAGUAUUAUACAA